CACUAAGAAAACGGUUGAAAAUGUUGUCAAAUCGGAGACAAAGAAGUUAGAAUAUAGCGAAGAAGUGAUUAAAAGACAAUUCGUUCAAAUGGAUCGAAAAGAGGAAAUAGAAAAGUCGCGGUCAGCGCUUCCCAUCAUUAACGAAGAGCACACUAUUAUGGACGCAGUUUUUAAUAACCCAUUCGUUAUAGUGUGCGGCGAAACGGGUUCGGGAAAGACAACACAAGUGCCACAAUUCCUAUACGAAGCCGGCUUUGCGUCCAAUAAACAGAUAAUCGGAGUGACAGAACCCCGUCGGGUGGCGGCCAUCGCUAUGUCCCAGAGAGUGGCCCACGAGAUGAACGUAUCCACUGAUAUAGUGUCGUAUCAAAUAAGGUUUGAUUCAAACGUUACGAAAGACACCAAAAUCAAGUUUAUGACCGAUGGAGUGCUCAUCAAAGAAAUACAAAAUGACUUUCUUCUGAACAAGUAUUCAGUGAUAAUCAUCGAUGAAGCGCACGAACGGAGUCUUUAUUCUGAUAUAUUGAUUGGUUUGUUGUCACGUAUUGUUCCGCUCAGGAAUAAAAUUGAUUCGCGUCAAUAUCCAGUUUCUGUUCACUUCAAUAAGAAAACAAACAGCGAUUAUCUUCACGAGGCGUUCAGAAAGGUAUGCAAAAUACACGCCGAAUGCCCGACCGGUGGUAUACUUGUGUUCGUCACCGGAAGAAUGGAAGUGGAAGUGUUGUGUCGACGACUUCGGGCCAAAUACCCGAACAAUAACUCUAAAAAUAUUUUACUGAAAAAGAGUAGACAUAAGAGAAGCGAACGGAAGAGCGAAAAGGAAACCACUGAGAAGACGCCGACAAUCAAUUUGGAUGACUAUGAAGUGAAUCCAUUGGAAAGCGAAACAGUUUUAGACGACUUCGACUAUUCUGACGAUGAAAAUGAUGACCAAAUUGUUGCCCAAAACCAAGAAGAAGAAGACAAUACGUUGUCUCACAGCCAACCACUGCAUUGUUUACCGCUUUACUCAAUGCUUCCGCAUUCGCGACAGAUCUCGAUCUUCUCUGAGCCGCCUCUGGGGAGCGCUAACACACAGUAG